AUGUUGAGUAAGCACGGGCAGUGGCUCUCUGAGCAGCAGUGGCCCAUGCUCCUGGCCACGGUCCUAGCGCUGGCGCUGAACGCGGGGGAGCACUUCGGGAUCUUCGGGCGCAUGGUGCAGGCGCCAGGUGUCCACGGCCCCGUACUCAUGUGGGAGCCCACAGCAUUAUCCUGGACGAUGACGGGGCUGACAUCUUUGUCUUUCAGCCUGGCUAUCCUCUGUAUGAUGACGCGGGUGCACAGCCAGCUGCUGUGGCUCACGCUGAAGAGCUUCGACCCCUGGGCCAUCUUCGCUUGUAUGGGGCGGGCCUGGCUCGCCCGGCUCUUCGCCGGGCUUCCGGAGUUGAAGCGACGAAGGGAGCGCGAGGCUGUGCACAUGAUAGACUUGGUGGUGAUGAUGCAGUACGCCGCCUUGCUGGUCCUGGCUGAGGCGGCGGACGUGCCGAAAAGAGUCAAGAGCCUUCUGGUGGCCAUAUGCAUGCUUCACACGAUGCUGUUGGCCCUCUGCACCAAGUAUUAUGAGAUGCCCAACUGGGAUCCUGGAGUCGAGCUAACAAUCCUCUUCUUCCCGCCGAUGUCACCAAGGAGUCAAUUUGUGAGCUCCCUGGAGUGCAUCAUAGUUCUUCUGGCCAAAGCUGCAGUGAGUGUGGUCCUGCAGAAGAACGCCUUCAUGUUUCUGCGGUGUCACUACGAGUUUUGCACCGAUCAGCUGGACGCAACCUUUGCCAGGCUUGCGAUGACAGAUCCAAGCAACAUCCAGUACGGCGACUUUCGCGCGGUCCUUCUGGAAUGGGGGGUGACGGAAGGCCACAUUUUUUCGGGCUUCAACUAUUUGGAUCAUGACUCUUCUGGAAAAGUCUCCUUGAGGAGAUUCCGGGAGUGCUUGUCUGACCUCUUCGCUGAGUUUCCGGAUGCGUCAAGCUCCUCGCUGCUUGCCAGAUUCUGCCAGGAUUGCUAUUCACAGGCUUCACACAUCACGUCAUUAGACAGCAUGAUGAGCAUUGUGUUCAGCCACUGGCGCCGUAUCAAGCUGGACCAGUUUGGGACGAUGAUGUACCAGAUCUUGACGCAGGAUCAGGCAAUCGCCAAGGUCUUUCAGAGAGAUCGCACGCACACGCAGGCGUUGCUUUUCUCAGCCUUCACGGCGGUGGCUUUGAGCCGCUUGGAGGAGAGGGACUACGUCGUCAUCGAGACACAGAUGAUCGAGCUGGGGCUCAGGCACAAGGCGUACGGGGUUCGCCCGACCUUCCUGGGGCUCUUUGAGCUGGCACUCAUGGAGACCAUCAACCACCAGGUGAAUGGCCUAUCCUUGCGGGGAGAGCUGGCCUGGGCUAUGAUUUGGGGCCACUACGUGGUGCUGCCCUUGCUCCAUGGACUUGUGGACAUUGAGACGCUGAAGCCUCAGAUUUACGACCACGUGCACGAUCUGCUCAGCUUGACGCAUGAGGAGCGCUUUUUGACGGUCCUCACCAAGAAUAUGCAUCAUGUCCCAACCGGAUCCUGGAAGGUGUCGUGUGCCGAGGAAGGAGAGCAUAUUGAAACCAUGCUGCAGCUCACGAAGCAAAUCUUGCUGGAUUUGCAAGGGCCCUGCCCCUUCACGGCAGGCCAGCGCCUCAACCAGGACUUCAAGUGGGACAGGAUCCUGCCCCGCGAUCUGCUGAGAUUCUCCUACGCCAUGGCGGAGACCUUUCGAGAGAUCUUGGGUGCUGCCUACACCAGCACAUUGGACACAGAAUGGGCUGUCUUUAUGCACGCCGAAGUGUUGGAGGUGCUGCUGCUCUCGCCGUACUUGCAGUCGCAGAAGGUCCUGGAGGAGUGGGCCUUCCAACUGGGCGACAGCGUGGUGAGGGGGGAGUCCUGGGACGCCCUGCUGCUGCUGGCCCACUGCGACAUGGAAUUCGCGGAGCUGGGCUUUGCCCGCCUCAACGCGGACUCAGGGAUGAACCCCACCAUAGGCCUGCAGCAUAUUGGGAUUCCGGCUGAGCGUUGCAAGUGCGGCGCUCCUUUCUCAACUCUGCGAUUUUGA